CGCUUUUUCUACCGCUAUGACCCUACCUAGGCAUUUCACCUCGGUCUGAAUAAUGGAGAGAAUCUACGUCUGACCAUGACGAUUGCUUCCUCCAGGGCUCCGGCAAUUGGUCCGGCUUAACUGCAAGAGGCAAGGCUUGUUUGAAACUCCGCACUGGCAGUCAGCAACUGCAGGGCGAUCCCACCAAACAAUCCUGAAGCUUGACGCCGCCAUCCAACAAGCUGUUGCUGGGGAGGAUCAGACAACGCAUCGUGUUCCUGCAAAGAGGGAGUCCUCCAAUUUCGCGGUGUGGGGACACGGUACCAUUGUUUCACUGACUGCAACAUGGAGUAUUCCAACGGCGCAGUCAUCCUCACCGCGUUCCUCCUUCCCAUCAUCACCUAUCUGCUGUACACGCGUACGCGGGACGUACGCCCAAGGGCAGCUAGUAAGCUGCAGCUACCUCCUCCCACCGAGGUCACAAAUCUUAUGGUGUAUCCCAUCAAAUCGUGUCAUGGCAUCUCUGUCCCGUCAGCAAAGCUUCUACCAACCGGGUUGGAUCUGGACCGUCAAUGGAUGUGGGUAACAUAUCCGGAUUACAGAUUCCUCACCAUCCGCAACUUGGCCAAGAUGACUUUGAUCCGCCCUGUCUAUGACGCCGAGACGGAUACCCUCAAGGUCACAGCCCCAGCACCUAAUAGCGACGAUGAGAAGCUUCAGUUUGAGAUUCCCGCGCACCCUACUCGGGAAUGGCUAUCCAAGAAUACGGAAGUCGUGAAUGCCACCGUGUGGAGUAGCACAACGCCCGCCUACUGCUUCUCUCCUGACUUGACAGGAUCCUUCAACGCCUUCUUCGGGAAAGAGGUAAGGCUGGUGUAUAAACCGCCCUUCUCCGACUCUCCGCGGGCACUGGGGUCGAAUGGCGCCAAGGCAGUACUAGGAAGAGAGGCAUCGACUUGUUUCCCAGAUAUGAUGCCCAUCCUCGUCGCCAGCGAGAAGUCGAUGGAAGAGCUGAAUUCUUGCCUUCAAGCUGCUGAGGGCCUCUCCAUUCCUAUUACCCGGUUCCGGCCAAACAUCAUUGUUCGAGGAACAAAAGCUUGGGAUGAAGACACCUGGAAGACGCUGCGUAUCAAGCCGCAAUCAUCGGAUUCUGGAGACUUGGUGCUGGAUGUUACGCAGCGGUGUGCACGAUGCCAGGUUCCCAAUGUGGAUUCUGAGACGGCGGAGAAGCAUAAGACGCAGCCUUGGGAUACGCUGAUGAAGUAUAGGAGAGUGGACGAGGGGAUCAAGUAUAAGCCUUGCUUUGGGAUGUUGUGUGUGCCUAGGGGAACGGGAGGGAAGAUGGAGGUGGGGAUGAGGCUGGAGGUGAUGGAGGUGACGGAUAAGCAUCGAUAUAUCCCUGGGUUUUGAGAGCGCAAGAAAAGUAGAAGCAGAGAGGAGGACGUAACUACCAACCUAUACACAUUCAGUAUACGGAGUCUCGUUCGCUCUAUCGAAUAGAUAACGCUGAAGGGAGAUACUGCUG